GAACGCCAAGGAUCACCUCGAAAGCCAUGAUGCUUCAGCACCGCUCGCUCCUGGCGCGCUCGUCCGUCGCCGCCACCGCCCGCCCAUGGGCACGCCUCUUCUCGACGACUAGAGAUGACAAGGACGAAGACAUGACCCAUCGCCGCUUUGAAGACAUCGAGGGCUACACGCGGUACCCGAACCACUUUCCCGUAACGAUGACGGUCAAGGAUUUUAUCGCCAAGUACGACGACCUGCCGGCAAAGGCCCGCUUGAGCGAUGUGCCCGUCUCGCUUGCCGGGCGCAUCACAUCCAUCCGCGCGGCGAGCAAGAAGCUCAUCUUCCUCGACAUUUGCAACGACGGCCACGAAGUGCAAGUGCUUGCAGAGCGCAAGCACUACGCCAACGCCGACGACACGAGCGACAAGGCCUUUGAGCAUGUGCAUGACUCGCUUCGGCGUGGCGACAUCAUUGGCGUCCACGGCUUCCCGGGCAAGUCGGGCAAAGGCGAGCUUAGUAUCAUUCCGCAGCACGUCAGCGUGCUCUCGCCCUGCUUGGCGCCGUUCCCCAACUCGAAGUACGGCCUCAAGGAGAUUGACAUUCGGUUCCGCCAAAAGUACCUUGACCUCCUCACGAACAAGGACGUCCGAGGGAUUUUCACGACGCGCGCCAAGGUGAUUCAAUACAUUCGCCGGUACCUGGAAGACCGCGACUUUAUCGAAGUCGAGACGCCGAUCCUGUGCACGGCUGCUGGCGGCGCGGCCGCCAACCCUUUUACGACAACGUCGCGUGCUUUGCACACCGACCUCUUCCUCCGCAUCGCCCCAGAGCUGUACCUCAAGCAACUUGUCAUUGGCGGCAUGGACCGUGUCUUCGAGAUCGGCAAGGUCUUCCGCAACGAAGGCGUCGAUCAGUCCCACAACCCCGAGUUCACGAUGUGCGAGUUCUACCAAGCGUACGCUGACUACAACACGUUCAUGACGACGGCCGAAGACAUGUUGUCUGGCCUUGUGCAGUCGGUCAAUGGGUCGUACAACGUCGAAUGGAACGGCCAAUCCAUUGACUUUUCGCCGCCAUUCAAGCGCAUCUCGAUCCUGGAAGGCCUGGAGGAAGCCUUGGGCGAGCCCCUGCCCGCCAUGGACGACCCUGAGCUGGUGCCGAAGCUUCUCGCCAUCUGCGACGCACGUGACGUCGUGUGUCCCAAGCCGCACACCCCUGCCCGCGUCAUCGACUGCCUCAUCGGCGAGUACCUCGAGCCGCAGUGUGUGAACCCGACGUUCCUCAUCCACCACCCAGCGUUGCUGAGCCCGCUCGCCAAGGCCCACCGCGACGACCCACUCGUGACCGAGCGCUUCGAGCUCUUCGUGGGCGGCAAAGAGCUCUGCAACGCCUACACGGAGCUCAACGACCCGGACGAGCAGCGCGAGCGCUUCGCGACGCAAACCAAGGACCGCGAGACGGGCGACACGGAAGCACACGUCAAGGACGAAGCCUUUUGCCACGCGCUCGAAUUUGGUCUGCCGCCCACCGCCGGGUUUGGGAUCGGUAUCGACCGCCUUGUGAUGAUGCUCACGGGCAUGCCCCACAUUCGCGAGGUCAUUCUGUUCCCGACGAUGAAGCCGACGCAGGACCAGUAAGCGACUCGAUUUGUUGCCACCAACCUUGAAACGACGUGCUGUUUUGUCGUUUGGUGUGGAGAAAUCGUCAAAUGACAUUCUCAG